GACUCAACUCAUUGUGGGCUGACUGAAAGGGAAAUUAGAGCCAUCCUCCUUUCUUACUCCUACAUGCAGUCUCCUACAUAUACUAUUUUCCUCAGAUGCAUGUUACUUCAAAGAACUUUCCCCUCCUCAAUAAUAACACUUCUUCUUCAUUUACUUCCAAAAGUAGAAGAAAUAGAAUUCACAGAUAGAGUUAUGGGAAACUGCUGGCUUAAGCCUGUAAAACAUCUUCCCAACAGCAAACACACUAGCCCAGUUCAUGAUAAAGUAUUGACCGAAAAGGAGACUACCAACACAAGCAAGAGUGCAAGCACAAGCACCACCACCACCUGCUCACCGCCGUCUCCGGUAGAGAGGGACGGUGUGGGAGCAGGCGGCAAUGGUGGUCAGGUGGUUCCUUCGAGUGGGCAUAUAAUUGUCCCAAAUUUGAAGCCUUUCAAAUUGGGUGAGCUAAAGAGUUCAACUAGGAAUUUUAGGCCAGAUACUAUGUUGGGAGAAGGAGGGUUUGGAAAGGUGUUUAAGGGUUGGAUUGACCCCAAAACCUAUGCAGCUUCCAAAGUUGGUGUUGGCAUUCCAGUUGCUGUCAAGAAAUCCAGUCCGGAUAGCGAGCAAGGAUUGAAAGAAUGGCAGGCAGAAGUAAAGUUUUUAGGGAAAUUUUCUCACCCAAAUCUGGUCAAGCUAUUUGGAUAUUGUUGGGAGGACAAGCAAUUUCUUCUUGUUUAUGAAUACAUGCAGAAGGGAAGCCUAGAAAGUCAUCUUUUCCGAAAGAAGGGAGGAGAGCCACUUUCUUGGGACACAAGGAUCAAAAUUGCAAUAGGAGCAGCUAAAGGGCUUGUUUUCUUGCACAAUACUGAGAAUAGUGUCAUUUAUAGAGAUUUCAAAGCAUCCAAUGUUUUACUUGAUGGGGACUUCAAUGCAAAACUUUCCGACUUUGGACUUGCCAAGUUUGGUCCCGUUGACGGUAAUUCACACGUUACAACUGACGUCGUAGGGACGUAUGGUUAUGCAGCUCCCGAAUACAUGUCCACAGGCCAUUUAUAUGUGAAGAGUGAUGUGUAUGGGUUUGGAGUAGUACUACUUGAAAUAAUAACUGGUAUGAGGGUUCUUGAUUCAAGCCGGCAACCCCAUCAAUAUAAUUUAGUCAAGUGGACAAAACCCUUACUUCCAAACAAAAACAAGCUGAGGAACUUAAUGGAUCCUCGUCUGGAGCAUGGUUACCCAUUCCAAGCUGCUUCUCAAGUGGCUGAGCUCAUCAUAAGGUGUCUCGACCCUCAAUGUAAACUCCGACCUGACAUGGAACAAGUGUUAGGGAAACUAGAGAAGAUCAGUAAGAUGGAGAUGACUCCAAAGGAUUUGAAAGCUCAAACCAAACAUCUCAAGGAUGAGGAGCGUCGCCGCCGGAAGCGGUCAUCCACACUCCCAACCAACCACGGAGGAAUUGGUCAUACCGGUGGUGGACAUUCUCAGCAUGAAUAUCAAAGCUAUUAAAUAAAUAUAUGUAGAUUUAUACAAGUAAAUGUAUGGAGCAUGCUAACGUACUCACUAUGGUGCACGUUGACGCGAUGAAUGAUCAUGAUUCAUUCAUCUAAAAUAUUUAGAUAAUCAUGGUCACUCAUCAUGCCAACAUACUUCGUAAUGAGCACAUUAACAUGCUCCAUAUGCUUUUUGAUGAUUAUACUCUGCAUUACAUUUUUCUUCCCUUUCUAUUUUUUUAUGCAUGUAAUAGCAUCUAUGAAGAAAUUGUGAGAAUAAUGGAAUGACUUACCCAAUUGGAAACCCUAGAUGUUAUAUAUAUCAUAAGUAGAGUUCUGAGUACAUUAGGAAAC